CACUAGCGCAAGGCAAUUUAUUGGUGUUUUAAUCACUAGUUUUACUGGUUUUUGUUUCUCUUCGGCUAAAAACCGAUUAUUAACGGCACAAAAAUGGUACUGAAAUCGAACAUGGCCGCAAGGAAGCCCCAGGGACAGGCGUACAAGGACAAAAGCAAACCGGCUGACAUCCGGCUGAGCAACAUCAACGCGGCCAAAGCCGUUUCGGAUGCUAUCCGUACGAGUUUGGGUCCGCGUGGCAUGGACAAAAUGAUCCAAGCAUCGAACGGCGAAGUAACCAUCACAAACGAUGGUGCGACGAUUCUGAAGCAAAUGAACGUCAUCCAUCCCGCGGCCAAGAUGCUGGUCGAACUGUCCCGUGCGCAGGAUGUUGAGGCCGGCGACGGUACCACCUCCGUGGUGGUUGUGGCCGGUGCCCUGCUGGAGGCGUGCGAGAAGCUUCUGCAGAUGGGCAUUCAUCCGACGGCCAUCUCCGAAGCGUUCCAACGCUGUUCGGCGAAAGCGGUUGAAAUUCUGACCGAAAUGUCCCGUCCAGUGGAGCUGAACGAUCGCGAGUCGCUGCUGAAGAGCGCUUCCACGUCGCUGAACUCGAAGGUUGUCUCGCAGCACAGUAGCAUGCUGGCGCCGAUCGCUGUCGAUGCCGUGCUGAAAGUGACCGAACCGAACGCGCAAGGAUCGGUCGAUUUGAAGAACAUCAAAAUCAUCCGCAGCCUUGGUGGUACCAUUGAGGAUACCGAGCUGAUCGAUGGACUCGUUUUCACGCAACGUUCUUCGGGCAUGAAUGGACCGAAACGCGUAGAGAAAGCCAAAAUUGGUCUCAUUCAGUUCUGCAUCUCGGCACCGAAAACCGAUAUGGAUCAUAGCGUGAUCGUGUCCGACUAUGCUGCAAUGGAUCGCGUACUGAAGGAGGAGCGCGCAUACAUUCUGAACAUUGUGAAGCAAAUUAAAAAAUCGGGCUGCAAUGUGCUGUUGGUGCAAAAGUCAAUCCUGCGCGAUGCCGUCUCCGAUCUGGCACAGCAUUUCCUCGACAAGAUCAAGGUGCUGGUGGUGAAGGACAUCGAACGGAGUGACAUUGAGUUUGUGUGUAAAACCCUCCGCUGUCGGCCGAUCGCCUCGUUGGAUCACUUCGUUGCCGAGAAUCUGGUAAACGCCGAUCUGGUGGAGGAGGUGCCCAGCGGAUCGACAAAGUUCGUGAAAGUGACCGGAAUCCAGAACAUGGGUCAAACGGUGUCGAUCGUUGUGCGCGGCUCGAACAAGCUGGUGCUGGAGGAGGCCGAUCGUUCGCUUCACGAUGCACUCUGUGUCGUGCGUUGUUUGGUGAAGAACCGGGCCCUGAUUGCCGGUGGUGGUGCUCCGGAAAUCGAGAUGGCGCUUCAGUUGGCGGCGUACUCCCAGACGCUGCAGGGAGUCGACGCGUACUGCUUCCGAGGGUUUGCCGAUGCGCUGGAAGUCAUUCCCUCGACACUCGCCGAGAACGCUGGUCUCAAUCCGAUCGCCACGGUCACGGAGCUGCGCAAUCGUCACGCACAAGGCGAGAAGAAUGCAGGAAUCAACGUACGCAAGGGAGCAAUCACCGACAUUCUGGCGGAGAACGUAGUUCAGCCGUUACUCGUAUCCACUUCAUCGAUCACGCUGGCGUCUGAGACGGUGCGUUCCAUUCUAAAGAUUGACGACAUCGUGAACACCAUGCAGUAAUAAGCAGGCCAUGGUGCCUUGGAGAGCGCUCGACGCGACUUCGUUCCCCAUUAACUUACUCCCCACACAAGCAUUUUCAAUGUAAGCCUUUCAUCGUCACACAGCCAGGUUGGCCGGUUUGCUUAACACACCACAGAACACACAUACACACAUUGGAUCAUUUGUUUGUAAUGUUUGUAUUUUCGCUUAAUAAACCAAUAAC